GCCUACUAUUCGACAUCCUCGCCUAUGGGAGCGGCAUCUGUCAACGAACAUAUUUUCAAGCUCAACUGAACAAAACUUUCAAAAAAAUAACACAUGCCGAAUGACCAAGUAAAUAUUUAACCAUGUACGUAUAUGAGGAAUAAAUGAGCUAUAAAACAAACAGGGGUAUUCCGUUGUAAACCACGAGAUACAACGUAUUUUUACGUCAUUCAUCAUGGAGAAAAAACUUACGCCUAGGCGCACCAGCUCCCCAGUUCGACCGGAAACCUCACCUGCUACCACAAAGAAUGACUCGUUCUUGGAGGAUAUGGACCUCUUCUCCCAUAAUCGUAAUACAUAUAUGUAUGAGAGAGAGGCCGAACGCUUUAUAACAAAGAGAACUUCGUCGCCUUGCACCAUGCCUUUUGCAACUGUGAUAGAGAACGAUUUUGACCAACGAAGUAGCGAGGCCUCUAACUCUCAGAAAGUACCUGCGACCUCGGUUACCAAGACUUUAAAAACGACACGUAAAUCUGGCCGUCAAGAAAUUGGAGGUGGUGAUGGACUGCAGCCAGAAGUUUCUCAAGUGGGCACAACAACCCGAGAAUCCAAAGUACUGCAAGAAAACAAACUCAGAAGUAAGGAUAAUAAAGUGCGAUCAAGACGUAGUGAACCAAAGGCCUCAGAGUGCCAAAAUAGGUCGCAAAAUGAACUCGGUAAAUCUCAGCAGGACCGAAAAUCCCUUGUAAAAGAACGAAGUCGGCGUUCCGGAAGCUGCAAAGAGACGGAUUGUAGUUCAAAUACUUCCGAUGAGCAGAGGCAGCCAUCGAAUUUGUCUAAACAAUCAAACGCUCAGCUGGAAACAAGCAAAGAUCAGCAUCGUCGUUCAGAUGGAGUUCAGAAGCUGGAUAGCAGAGAUAUUCCAGAAUCUGUCGCUCUACUGAGCGCGAUAAAGGAAAUUAUUAGUACGUACGCCAGAGAAGAAGGAAACAAGAUCAAUAGAGUUAUGAACGAACUUCAUAUCCUGAGCCAGGCUAGCUUAAUAAAAAAUUUGAUGUUUCAAACCGACGAGAUAAGAAAAGACCUACAACUGGGUGGAAAUAUGGGACAAUUACGCACGCUAAUGAAUGAAAACGAAAUACUGAAAGAGAACUUUGCUUUAUUAAAGAUAAAAUAUGAGGAUGCGCAGCGAAGAUUAGAAGAGACUGAACGUAUCAAAGAAGAAAAUGCUGCGUUAAAACUAAAGUUGCAGGAACUCUCGAGUCGCAAGUCUAGCUGAAAUGAUAAACAAUCUUUUUUCUCACUUUAAUUCGGGCGAAUUUCACAUCUCGCUGCAGACCGUGAUGUAUUGUAAUGUUACUUAUAAUUAGGUGAAACUGUAUUCGCGUUUUGCUCUACUAUUCACACAGUUACUACUAUUCCUGUUAUCGUUGCAAGUAUGUAAUAUUUCUCUUGAUCUUCGCAAUCCACACUAGCUUCAAGCUUUUUUUAUCAAUAAAAUAUUUUUGUACUUAUUAUGAUAUCGAUUCUGAAUUGAUUUUAUUUUACGUGAAAGUUGUAUAACUUUUUCGCGUUUACCGUAAUUAUACGUCC